CGCCGCCGCCGCCUCCGUUGCCUCUGCCGCCGCUCUCGGGAUCUUGCUUGCCGCGGGGAGCCGCGCCGGUGGCGGAGCCUGCAGGAGGACCUUCCCCUCCGCCGCUUUCCGCUGCUGCGGGGCCUUCCCGGGAGUCGCCGCUGGAUCGACCGGGCCCAGGCCCUGUCCACGGUGCCGGCCUCCCUGCGCCGUCCUUGCCCGUCAGCCGUUUGGUCAGCAGCCGCCGUUCGUACCGGCGGCGGGGACUGUUCGGGGAGCAGCCUCCCCCGCCGAGGCUUCGAGCCAUCUGCGCCCUGCAGCCGCCGCCGUGCUUCUCCGCGCUGUUCCUGAGCGGCUCCCGGCUCCCAGACAUGACCGCCAUCAUCAAAGAAAUCGUCAGCAGGAACAAAAGGCGAUACCAGGAGGAUGGCUUCGAUUUAGAUCUGACUUAUAUUUAUCCAAAUAUCAUUGCAAUGGGUUUUCCGGCAGAACGACUUGAAGGAGUGUACAGAAACAAUAUUGACGACGUUGUAAGGUUUCUGGAUUCAAAACAUAAAAACCAUUACAAGAUAUACAAUCUAUGUGCUGAAAGACAUUAUGACGCCACCAAAUUUAACUGCAGAGUUGCACAGUACCCUUUUGAAGACCACAACCCACCACAACUAGAGCUCAUCAAACCUUUUUGUGAAGAUCUUGAUCGAUGGCUUAGUGAAGAUGGCAAUCACGUUGCAGCAAUCCACUGUAAAGCUGGAAAGGGACGAACUGGUGUAAUGAUUUGUGCUUAUUUGUUACAUCGAGGAAGGUUUCAGAAAGCACAAGAAGCUCUAGAUUUUUAUGGGGAAGUAAGGACCAGAGAUAAAAAGGGAGUAACUAUUCCCAGUCAGAGGCGCUAUGUAUAUUAUUAUAGCUACCUGUUAAAGAAUCAUCUGGAUUACAGACCAGUAGCACUGUUGUUUCAUAAAAUGAUGUUUGAAACAAUUCCAAUGUUCAGUGGCGGCACUUGCAAUCCUCACUUUGUGGUCUACCAGCUCAAGGUAAAGAUAUUCACCUCCUCUUCAGGACCUACAAAACGUGAAGACAAAUACAUGUACUUUGAAUUCCCUCAGCCAUUGCCAGUAUGUGGUGAUAUCAAGGUGGAAUUCUUCCAUAAGCAAAACAAGAUGUUGAAAAAGGACAAAAUGUUUCAUUUCUGGGUCAAUACAUUCUUCAUACCAGGACUGGAAGAAAAUUCUGACAAAGUAGAAAAUGGAAGUCUUCUUGGAGAUCAGGAACUUGAUGGCAUUUUGAGUACAGAGCGUUCAGAUAAUGACAAGGAAUAUUUAAUCCUUACACUAACAAAAAAUGAUUUGGACAAGGCAAAUAAGGACAAAGCAAAUCGAUAUUUUUCUCCAAACUUUAGA